AUGGUUUCAAUCUCCAACGUAUCAGCGAUUCUGUUGCUUACUGUUUUAUCGAUCGAUUUCGUUCGUUCGAACAUUGGAAAUUGGGAAGCUUGUGGUGGAAGACUGGAAAGGGCAUUGGAUGCUCUUCAUAGAGAUUCGAGUAGAAGAAACAGGCUCGAAGAGGAAGAUGCGGAUAUGUUUUAUCAGCAAGAACUUCGUUCUGCACCACUCGAGAUGUCAGUCUCCCGGAUUGCUGUUAAAUUGCUGCAAGGAGCUAGAGACACUGGAAAUGCCUGGGCCAGAGUAGAGAAAUGCAUCUACGAACCCAGCAACAAUUCCCUUCAAACUCGAGUAAUGUUCAAUGAUUUAUCCGUCUCUGGAAUAGUUUCGUUAAUGCCACGGGAUCAUCAACCGCCUAUCCCAGCAGAAUCUUGCAGGAUGACUCUGAGAUUAAGACGAUCAGGUGUCGAUUUUUUAACCAGUCCAAUAGCUCGUGGCAGGGGUCAAAUGCGAAUUCGAACGGAAUCAAGUUUUUUGGAGCCAAGAUUCGCCUCCAUAUACGCUUACGGUUGUCAUCCUACGCGUUUGGAUAAGCAAAUCAAGAGACAGGAUAAGUGGCCACCGUUCUAUCCGUCUCGAGACAAGUAUCCACUUUUACCUCUAACACUGAACGACGACUACGAGGCAGCGGAACCACGCCAAUUGCCCGGUGUUUCCAAGGAGGUAGAUGUCCUAAUCCCGAACGAGACUCGUCAGUCUCGUUUUCUAACCUCUCCAGUCGCGAAGUUGGGUAUCUGGCGGAAAAACGUCUGGCUUACAAAAUCUCCAUUACGGGAGAAACGAGCUCUUGCAGAGUCGAAUGUUCGUCGCUUUCCAGGAUCUUUCGAAAGUAGUCAGGAAACGAACGAUCGUUCCAUAAGGGUCACGAGAUCAACGGAGACGAUCACUCCGCAGGAUUUCGCAAACGCAUUGACCAGCAAGAGGUUAAAAGGUAACGAGACUGGUAAUUGCACCGAAGAGUAUAAGCAGAACAGUUUGAUUAAUAAUACGACGAAGAUUCUAUUGAGGAACCUGAACGAUAGUGAAACAAAAACGAACGUUAAGAGAGAGAAUAAUUAUCAGGAUGCACAGAACGAGGCUCCAAAAGAGACUAGACAUUUGUAUAUAGACGAGGCAUUGGAUAAUAUCUUCCCUAUUGAUUUGGAAAAUGAUAGUAGAAGCUGGCAAUCAAAGGAACACAUUGCCAGAGAAAUGGAAGAUGUAUUUUUACGUGGGGCUAGCCAAGCUUUGACUAGAUACAUUGAGAGGCAAUUACACCCAGCUAUUAAAGAGACACUGAUGAUUUCUAUGGGGUAUACUAUCAGUUACGGAUAA